AUGUCAGUCCAAGGGAUACAGGAUAAGAAAGGUAACAAUAUCAUCGAAGGUGACUUCGUCUACCCCAGGUUCAGAGGCGGGUCACAUGAGGGCAAGGUCGAAGCAAUCAUCAAGGAUCAAGCUAGUGCCCAACACGAGGGUGUGGACAGGUGCCCUAAGGUAAGUCGGACAUCAGCGAGACAAUACUUUUCAUCACACCAUUCCAUAAUUAUAUAUGUUGUACUCGCUGUCCUUGACACGCCCCGCAAUAUGUGCAUGUUAAGGGUUAUCUACACUGAUCAGCAUGGCCUCACCACCUCAACACUCCAACAACCCUAG